UGGAGAAACCCGGCCGUUCGGGUUGUGUACCGAGAGAUAACCCGCGUCGCUUCGCCUCUAUUCCUUUUCCCAGCCGUCGCCACUCGCGAGAUUCAAGCUUCAGGGUUUCCGGGGGUGGGAGAGCGAGGGCGCGCGAACGAGGCCAUGGCGACCCGGGUGCUUUCGCAGAAGGAGGAGGACAUACAGAUGAUGCUUUCCGCCGCCGUCCAUCUCGGCGCCAGGAACUGCGACUUCCAGAUGGAGCGCUACGUCUACAAGCGGAGAUCCGAUGGUGUACAUAUCAUCAACCUUGGUAAAACUUGGGAGAAGCUUCGACUAGCAGCUAGGGUCAUAGUUGCCAUUGAGAACCCUCAGGAUAUUAUUGUCCAAUCUGCACGACCAUAUGGCCAGAGAGCUGUUUUGAAGUUUGCACAGUACACUGGUGCUUCUCCUAUUGCAGGAAGGCAUACACCUGGAACCUUUACCAAUCAGCUUCAGACAUCCUUUAGUGAGCCUCGUCUUUUGAUCCUUACUGAUCCUAGAACUGACCACCAGCCAAUCAAGGAGUCUGCUCUUGGUAACAUUCCAACAAUUGCCUUCUGUGACACUGACUCUUCAAUGCGAUAUGUUGAUAUCGGAAUUCCUGCAAACAAUAAAGGAAAGCUCAGCAUUGGCUGCCUCUUUUGGUUGUUGGCAAGGAUGGUGCUGCAAAUGCGUGGCACCAUUCCUCUCGGGCGUAAAUGGGAAGUAAUGGUUGAUCUGUUUUUCUAUAGAGAUCCUGAGGAGGCCAAGGAGCAGGAGGAAGAAGAGGCUCCAGUUGCACCUGAUUAUGGUGCAAUGGUACCAAAUGAUCAAUGGACUACUGAACAGUGGAUGCCCGAUGGUGGAGCUGUAUCUUCUGUAGAGCCUCCAGUUACCGGGGUUGAGUCGACUGCUGGUCAAGCAGUUCCUGUGGGUGCGGAGGGAUGGGAUGUGGCUGCUGCUCCACCUGUGGAAGCUGGUGCUGUUGCUCCAGGCGUUCCACCUGCUGCUGCUCCCACGGGCUGGGAGUAAAAUGAAUGUGACGAGUAGUUCCACAUAUGAGAAUUUAAUUUUUGUUUAGGCAUCACUUUCAGUGCCUCUCUCUUGCUUUUUUUUAUUUAUCGUUUGGCCAGCCAUUGUUAUAUUUUGCCAAUUUAUCUUGAAACGUUUCAACAAAUUUGACGCAGAUCCUUCUUUCUUA